CGCCACGUACACCCAGAGAGAGGGAGGAGAGGAGAGGCCCGCCCGCCCCCGGCCGCAGCCCCACCAGGGCCCUCCCCCGGCGGCGCGCACUCACGCGCGCACACACUUGCACACAUUUUACCUCCGCUCCUGCCCAGCCUCGCCUGCGCCCAGUGAGAGCAGAACCUCCUGGGACCGGAUGCCAUGGGCAACAACUUCUCCAGUAUCCCCUCUCUUCCCCGAGGAAAUCCAAGCCGGGCGCCGCGGGGCCACCCCCAAAGCCUCAAAGACUCCAUCGGGGGCCCCUUCCCCGUCAAUUCUCACAGAUGCCACCACAAGCAGAAGCACUGCCCACCAGUGCUACCCAGCGGGGGGCUCCCGGCCACGCCGCUGCUCUUCCACCCACACACCAAGGGCUCCCAGAUCCUCAUGGACCUCAGCCACAAGGCCGUCAAGAGGCAGGCCAGCUUCUGCAACGCCAUCACCUUCAGUAACCGCCCGGUGCUCAUCUAUGAGCAAGUCAGGCUAAAGAUCACCAAGAAGCAGUGCUGCUGGAGCGGGGCCCUGCGACUGGGCUUCACGAGCAAGGACCCAUCGCGCAUCCACCCGGACUCGCUUCCCAAGUACGCCUGCCCCGACCUGGUGUCCCAGAGUGGCUUCUGGGCCAAGGCGCUGCCUGAGGAGUUUGCCAACGAGGGCAACAUCAUUGCCUUCUGGGUGGACAAGAAGGGCCGUGUCUUCUACCGCAUCAACGACUCGGCCGCCAUGCUCUUCUUCAAUGGGGUCCGCACGGCUGACCCACUCUGGGCCCUGGUGGAUGUCUACGGCCUGACGCGGGGCGUCCAACUGCUAGACAGCGAGCUGGUGCUGCCUGAUUGCCUGCGGCCGCGCUCCUUCACCGCCCUGCGGCGGCCGUCACUGCGGCGCGAGACCGACGAGGCGCGCCUCUCGGUGAGCCUGUGUGACCUCAACGUGCCGGGCGGCGACGGCGACGACGGCACGCCGGCCGCUGGUUGCCCGAUCCCGCAGAACUCGCUCAACUCGCAGCACAGCCGCGCGCUCCCCGCGCAGCUCGACGGCGACCUGCGCUUCCACCCGCUGCGCGCCGGCGCUCACGUCCGCAUUCUGGACGAGCAGACGGUGGCGCGCCUGGAGCACGGGCGCGACGAGCGCGCGCUUGUCUUCACCAGCCGGCCGGUGCGCGUGGCCGAGACCAUCUUCAUCAAGGUCACGCGCUCGGGCGGCGCGCGGCCCGGCGCGCUCUCCGUUGGUGUCACCACGUGCGACCCUAGCACACUGCGGCCAGCCGACUUGCCCUUCAGCCCCGAGGCCCUGGUGGACCGCAAGGAGUUCUGGGCCGUCUGCCGCGUGCCAGGGCCACUGCACAGCGGCGACAUCCUGGGGCUGGUGGUGAAUGCCGACGGAGAGCUGCACCUCAGCCACAAUGGUGUGGCCGCUGGCAUGCAGCUGUGCGUGGACGCCUCGCAGCCUCUCUGGAUGCUCUUUGGCCUGCAUGGGGCCAUCACGCAGGUCCGCAUCCUCGGCUCCACCAUCCUGGCCGACAGAGGCAUCCCAUCGCUCCCCUGCUCCCCGGCCUCCACACCAACCUCACCCAGUGUCCUGGGCAGCCGCCUGUCUGACCCCCUGCUCAGCGCGUGCAGCUCUGGCCCUCAGGGCAGCUCUGCGGGUGGGACAGCCCCCAACUCACCGGUGAGCCUGCCUGAGUCUCCAGUGACCCCGGGCGUGGGCCAGUGGAGUGACGAGUGCACGAUCUGCUAUGAGCACGCGGUGGACACGGUCAUCUACACGUGCGGUCACAUGUGCCUGUGCUACGCCUGCGGCCUGCGCCUCAAGAAGGCCCUGCACGCCUGCUGCCCCAUCUGCCGCCGCCCCAUCAAGGACAUCAUCAAGACCUACCGCAGCGCCUAGCCCCGCGGGCCCCUCUGUAGACAUCAGCCGGCUGCUGCUGAGGGCCAAGCCCAGGGCCGCUUCUCUUCCUCAUCCUCCUCCAUUAGACGCAGGAACCCGAGGCUCCUGAAGGCUUGGGCACGGAGCAGGUCUGAGGCAGGAAGGCGGCGGCAGAAGCACAUCACUGGGCAGAGAGGGGAGAAGGCCACACUCCCCAGUCUUUCCCUUCUUUGCAUCAGUUCUUCCCUGCAUGACGAGGGGCUAAACUGAGGUCAGCCUGUCCUACACCUUCCCAAUCUGGGGCAGAUUCUAGGAGGUCCCUGUAGCCCAUGUGGCACCUUGGUGAGAAUUAAAAAGUGUGGAUCUUCAAAUGGA